AUGUUUAAAAUGCUGCAAAUAUUUUAUAGGUUCCUUGCUACAGGAGAUUCCUUUAAAACUAUUUCCUUCAGCUACAGGUUGGGAAAAUCCACAGUUGCAGCUACCGUCCAUGACAUCUCUAGAACAGUUAUCGAUUUAUUGUUAGAAGAGGUGAUGCCUGUGCCGAAUGAAGAAAAAUGGAAUGCUAUAGCUGAGGAGUUUUGGACAAAAUGGCAGUUUCCAAACUGCAUUGGAUCUUUAGAUGGAAAGCACGUAAGAAUACAGGCUCCAAACAACUCAGGAAGUCUCUAUUGGAAUUACAAAAAAACAUAUUCCAUUGUGCUUCUUGCUCUGGUUGACCCAUGUUAUAAUUUUAUUGCAAUAGACGUGGGAGCGUACGGAAAAAACUCUGAUGGAGGCAUUCUAGUAAAUUCAAAUCUUGGAAAGUCAUUGGAAAACAAUACGCUUAGCGUCCCAAAGAGUAAAACUUUACCCGGAACUGAUGUUGAACUUCCAAUGGUAAUUGUAGGCGAUGAAGCUUUCCCUCUCAAAACAUACUUGAUGCGACCAUAUCCUGGCACGAACUUAACAAAUGACAAGGCUAUAUUUAAUUAUCGUUUGAGUCGGGCAAGAAGAAUAUCCGAAAAUGCAUUCGGUAUAUUGCAACAGAAAUUUCGAAUAUUUAGAAGAAUCCUUCAGGGAGAUCCUAAUAACCUUACAAUGAUUGUGACGGCUGCGUGUGUACUGUACAACUUUAUUCGAAAAAUGGAAGGUUAUAGGGUGCCCGAACAGAGGAUGGAUCAAACGGAAACUGCUGAGGGAUCCGGAAGUUCAUCAAAUCUUCGAAACCUACCUCGAAUUCGUGGGAGAUCAACAUAUGCUGCAUUUGCUGUACGGGAACAACUCAAAAAAUUCCUGAACUCUCCACAAGGGACUGUAGAAUGUUUUCACUUCCCUGAUCGUAAAGAACAGGAAACUUACGAACUUCCUCUAUUAGUCGUUCCACAUCCAUGUUUUGUACACAGAACAUUUUUGCGCAGUUGCACAGCUCACAAGACAACCCCACCGUCAGGCCGUGUCCGUCACGUGAAAAUUUAA